CGCGUCGUCACCGACGACGACGCGCGCGGGACGCGCGGCGAUCGGCGAUGCGACGACGGUGAAACGCGCGAUGACGGGAUCGAGCGGGACGUCGCCGCGGGCGCCGCCGACGACCGUCGAGCCCGCGAGCGGGUGGUUGGGGACGGUGCUCGGACAGCUGACGCCGGGAAAACUGGCGCGGAUGCUGUUUUCGACGCCGUCGCCGUCGCCGCCGCCGCCGCCGCCGAAAGCGACGGCGGCGAGACGCGCGCCGCCGCCGCCGCCGCCGCCGCCGAAGAGACAACCGCCGCCGCCGCCGCCGUUCGCGGCGCGAACGAAGGGAGAGAAUCAAGAGAACGGGCUCGCCGGCGCGGGCUCCCAAAAGUUGCCCGAGUUGGAAGAGGGACAGUUGGAUGAAUUGCCUCCGCCGAAACCGCCGCCGCCGAAACCACCGAAACCGCCGCCGCCGAAACCGCCGAAACCGCCGCCGCCCAGACCGCCGAAACCGCCCGCGGGGGCGCCGAAAAGCGCGUCGAAGAAGCGCGUUCGAGCGAGCGCGAAGGAACGAGCGAUGUCGACGAAGGCAGCCGAAUCGAAAGCAAAGGUGCAAAAGCCAGAGUCGUCGGACGAAGAAGAAGAGUUGGAGGAUGGCGAACUUCCGAAACUCGUCAACCUGUACGAUUCAAACGACGCGAUGCUCGUGGACGACGAAGACGCGAAAACGCCGGAAGGGAAGCUCGAGAAGAUUGAAAAGAUCGCCGCGAAGAGCAGGGAGGUGUUGGGAGGAGGUGAGUUUGACACGAUGGAAAACAUCGCACGGCUCCGCGACGACGCGGAUGAGACGCUGUUGAACAAUGUGAAUUCCCCGCAAUACAAAAAACGAAAGCCGAAGCGGCGUCGAAAAGCGAGUACGAAUGCGUCUACGGACGACGUCUCUCUCGGAAAAUCAACCGGCUCGUCGAUCGAUAAGACGAAGAAAAUGCAUCCCUCGCUCGAGCGUUUGAUUGCGUCGAGAAAGCUCGCGCUGGUGUUGGAUUUGGAUCACACGCUUUUGAACAGCGUGUUGGUACCAGAUUUACGAAUGGAUUCGAAUUGGUUACGUAACGCGAUGCGUCUUCUCGAUGCCGACGUCAAGCGCGCGGAGGACGCGAACGACCCGUUAAAGCGUUCGGUCUUUCAUCUCCAGCAUUUCGAUUUGUUGACCAAGUUGCGGCCUGGCGUUCGAAGGUUUCUCGAGCGAGCUUCGCGUUUGUUUGAGAUUCACAUCAACACCAUGGGGUCGCAAGCGUACGCGGAUCAAAUGGUAGAAUUACUCGAUCCCGAGAAACGAUGGAUACAUGGAACCGUAAGAGGUCUCGGGGAAAUGGAAGGAGGGAAGCUGUGGGCGCCUGCGGAGAAGACGCUCGACGGCGCGUUGGAACACCUCGCCGACGCCUGUUUGAUUUUCGAUGACACCGCGAGCGUGUGGGAAUCGCAUCGACGAAACUUGGUCACGUGCGAGCGGUAUUUAUUCUUCCCGCAGGCUCGACGUCAGUUUGGUUUAUCGGGGAUGUCGCUGCUGGAAAUCGGCCAGGACGAAAGCGAAGAUGAGGGCAUGCUCUCGACGGCGAUGAAAGUGUUUGAAUCCGUCCACUCGGCGUAUUUCGCCGGCGGCUACGAUAAGAACGUCAAGCACAAAGUCAGAGCACUGAAACAACAUGCGAGCGACGUGCGCGCGGUGCAGGAAAUUCUGUGCGCCCAACGCAAGAAGGUACUCGCAGACGUGCGCAUCGUUUUUAGCCGCGUUUUCCCCAUCGACGCCGACCCCACGACGCAUCCUUUGUGGAUCUUAGCCGAAGAUUUCGGCGCUACGUGUGGACGGACACUUUGCGACGACACCACCCACGUUGUAGGCACGGCGAGCUCGACGGAUAAGGUGAAAGCGGCAAAGGCGCGAGGAAACGUGCACGCCGUAACCCCUCACUGGCUCGAAUGUUCGAUGCUCCUCUGGCGUCGCGCAAACGAAGCCACGUUUCGAAUUUAGCACACU